CUUAGCGAAAAACACGAUGACAGUUGCAACAACCUCGAUGGUCCAGCAGGUCAAGCCCACGACGUCCAUGGCCGUGAAGGCGCAGCCCUACAUCUGCGGCGGGUCCGCGGCCGUCAUUGCCGCGAUCGCGAUCCACCCAAUCGAUCUCGUCAAGGUGCACCUGCAGCUCGCGGGCCAGACGGGCUCGAACGCGACAGCCGCGAGCGUCGCCAAGUCGGUGAUUGCCAAGGAAGGCGUCAAGGGCCUCUACGCCGGCCUCUCGGCCGCGGUCGUGCGCCAGAUGGUCUACGGCACCGCGCGCCUCGGCAUGCACCGCGCGAUUUCCGACUCGAUCCAGACUGCCCGCGUCGAAAAGGGCGCGACCGACGGCCUUCCGCUGUGGAUGAAGAGUGCGAUUGCCAUGGGUACGGGCGCCGUGGCUGCGACGCUCGGGUGUCCCAUGGACGUCUCGCUUGUGCGCAUGCAGGCCGAUACGCUGGCGGCGCCGGCCGACAAGCGCGGCUACAAGAACGUGUUUGAUGCGAUUUUCCGCAUCGCCAAGGCCGAGGGCGUCCCGACACUGUGGCGCGGCAGCGUGCCUCUCAUUGCGCGCGGCGCGGCCAUGAACUUUGGCAUGAUGGCGUCGUACGACCAGGCCAAGGAAGUGCUCGGCAGCUACUAUGGCCAAGGCUUUGUCACCAACUUGGGCGCGAGCGCCGUCUCGGGCUUUGCGUGCGCGUUCACGUCGCUGCCGUUUGACCUGGUCAAGUCGCGGCUCAUGAACAUGAAGAUGAACAGCGCUGGCGCGUAUCCGUACGCGGGUGUCGGCGACUGCUUUACGCAAAUCGCGCGCAAGGAAGGUGUCGGGAAGCUCUGGCGCGGCUACUGGACGUACUAUGGCCGGUGCGCGCCGAACGCCAUGAUUGUGUUGCUCGUCAUCGAGCAGAUCAACGCGGUGUACAAGAAGACGUUCUUGUCCUAGAUAUGUUGCCCUAUUAGUCUUUAGUACGAUUCCUCUCCAUGCUACACAUGCAAUGUACUACUCAACGCACACGCA